GCCUGAUGCGCCCUGAUAUCGGCGGUGGCUGGCGUGACCGUGAUGUCGGGUCACGCGUCACUAGCGCGCCCAGGGCGGCGGGUGGCCACCGCCUCUAUGCCUCGCGCGUGCCCGCAAGGUCGUGGCAUCCUCGGAGAAUGGGGAGGAGGCGUGGUGGUAGGAGGGGUCAUACUAGCAGUGGGUUCUACACAAGGUUUGGCGAAGCUGCGUCGAGCGAAAAAGCCCACUGUGGUGUCCUGGAGAGACCGGCGGAGCUCGCGCUAUCCUCCAUUGUUCUCUCCGGUGCGUUUGUCCAAGAGCUUCGACUCAAAGCUCAGAGACAUGGUGUGGUGGUUUUCUGCUGGUAUGCUGGCAUAUGGAGGCGCGGGACACAAGAGAUUUACGGUCUAUGUAUGGGUCCGCGGAGAACCAAGCUCGUGUCGCGCAUCCGUGAAGCUCGUGUCGCACAGCUGUGCAGAGUUGUUGUGUCGCCGUUGACUUGACCUGUUCUGCUCUCCAGAGAAUGUCUUAGGCUGACCAUUUCGCAGUAACAACAGUACAGCACCAUGGGCAAUGUUGGGGUCAUCCGCGAUUGAAGGCGGAAGCAGAUCGCGCGCG